GCUAGCAAAAUCUUAAAUCUAAAUCCCACCUUAUUUGUUACUCCCGCUCUGAUGCGAUACAAUGUUGCUGCUAGGGGAAAAAUUUACAUCAUCAUACCCAUAUGCUGCAACCGCUCUGGGUCGUUACCACCUACUCCUGACCUCGCCACCGUCCCGUCUCUCCCUUCCAUUCUCCUCCAUCUCCCAUCCCCGGCAUCACACCGAACUCGAGUCCUCCCUCGACUUUCUUCUCCAGCAAUGCUCGACCCCUCGUCAAGCCAAGCAAAUCCACGCCCAGCUCCUCUCCUCCUCCGCCUUCCACCAUCCCCACUCUGGCUACCUCUCCGCGCGGCUCGUCUCCGUCUACGGUCGCCUCGGCCUCCUCCCUGACGCCCGCUCCGUCUUCCGCGCUGCUCCCGACCGCCGCUCCUCCCUCCUCUGGAACUCCAUCCUCCGUGCCAACCUCGCCCGCGGCCACUCCCUCGAAGCCCUCUCCCUCUACUACGAAAUGAGGGCCCUCGGCGCCCUCCCCGAUGGCUUCACCUUCCCUCUAGUUAUUAGGGCCUGCACCGUACUCGGCGUCUCCAGACUUUGUAGUUCCGUCCACAACCACACCGUCUCCAUGGGCUGCCAUGUGCAUCUCCACGUUGCCAACGAACUGAUCAUUAUGUACGGCAACGUCGGGCGGAUGGACUUGGCCCGCCAAGUGUUCGACGCGAUGCCUCUCAGAAAUGUCGUUUCUUGGAACACUUUGAUUUCCGGCUACUCGCGGAAUUAUGAUUGUGAGGCAGCACAAAAUGUAUUCCGAUUGAUGGAAUCCACGGGGUUUGAGCCGAACCCCGUCACAUGGACUGCCCUGCUGUCGGCCCAUGCCCGGUGCCAGCGCCACGAUGAGGUUAUCGGAUUGUUCGAUAAGAUGAGGGCGAAAGGAGGUAAAGCCACAGCAGAAGCUGUUGCGGUGGCUUUAUCCGUCUACCCUUACGUGUGCAGCGCGGCAUUGGAGAAGGGGAAGGAGAUGCACAGCUUUGCUAUCAGGAGUGGCUUAGAAGGGUACUCUUUUGUUAAAAAUUCGCUAAUCUGCAUGUAUGGGAAGCUCGGGGAUAGAGAGGACGCCGAGAGGCUAUUUUCGGAGACAGCAGUGAAGGAUUCAGUGAGCUGGAAUGCGUUGAUUUCUAGCUAUGCGGCUGCUGGUUUGAGCAGUGAAGCUUAUGAGAUCUUCGCACGAAUGGAGAAAACCGGAGAAUUCACACCCAAUGUGGUAAGUUGGAGUGCAGUGAUCGGAGGGUUUGCAUCAGAGGGGAUGGUGGAGCAGUCACUGGAGCUCUUUCGGCAGAUGCAGCAAGCUGGUGUGGCACCCAAUUCAGUCACAGUUGCCACUGUGCUAUCAGCAUGUGCAGAGCUAUCGGCAUUGCGUUCGGGUAAAGAGAUUCAUGGCCACACCAUUCGAGGCUUAAUGGAUCAUAACUUGUUGGUAGCAAAUGGACUUCUCAAUAUGUACACCAAAAGUGGGAGCCUGAGAGAAGGGCAGUCGGUAUUCGAUGGAAUGGAGGACAAGGAUUUGAUCUCAUGGAACUCAAUGAUUGCUGGUUAUGGGAUACAUGGAUUCUGUGAUCAAGCUCUGGGCACUUUCAGUGACAUGGUGAGAGCUGGUUGUGAGCCGGAUGGGAUCACCUUCAUCGCCCUUCUGUCUGCGUGCGGUCACUCAGGGCGUGUCUCGCAAGGCCGUCGCUUGUUCGAUCGGAUGGUUGAUGAGUAUAAGAUCAAGCCAUGCAUGGAGCAUUAUUCAUGUAUGGUGGACCUUCUUGGGCGCGCAGGAUUGCUGGGAGAAGCGAGUGAGCUUGUGGAGUGUAUGCCAAUGAAGCCCAAUGCUUGUGUUUGGGGGGCCUUGCUGAACUCCUGCAGAAUUUAUGGGAACACGGCGGCGGCAGAAGGUACAAUGGCACGAAUAUUGGGGCUCGAAGGGCAGGCCACAGGGAACUACAUGCUGCUUUCUAAUAUAUAUGCUGCGUGUGGGAGGUGGGAGGACUCAGCAAGGGUAAGAGUGAUGACAAAGGUGAAAGGUUUGAAGAAAAGUCCUGGGCAGAGUUGGAUUGAGGUGAAGAAUAAUGUGUAUGCGUUCUCGGCAGGAAGUGCAUUGCCGCCUGGUGCGGAGGACGUUUAUGAAGUUCUGGAGGAUUUGUAUCAGCAUAUGGAGAGUGAUAAGUUUGCACCGGACGCGCGUUUGUUGCAAGUUGUGGUCCAAGGAGAUUGGGCAGUGGACUAAAUUCUGCGCCUACAAUUGAUGUUCAGCAUUUUUCAAGGCGGGUGAGUUUUUUUGACUGUAAUUGGCACAUGGCAAGGGACUUCACCGUGACAAAUAUACAAUGGGAUGGGUUCUCGCAGAAACAAAUUGGCAGAAUCCUUUUGGUGCAUUAACUAUGGGAUCAAUCAAUUUGAGAAUAUGCCGAGUUCACUUCGGGGGCAAUGGGGAACUAACUUCAGCUUAACGUCUUAUUUCAAUUCCCGGAGAAAUGCCAUUGCCUUGUGUCUUUUGACAUUGAGAUGUGGAUUGGUGGGGGAUCUUAGUAGACACCUCCGGAAAAAUUAUCUAA